AUGAGAGAAGACUUCGACGAAUUAGUUCGUCAAGUUUGUUCACCAAACUCAUCUUCAUCCAUUGACGAGACUUCCAACACACACAUGCAUGAAGAAGACUCUCAAUAUUCCUUGGACAACAAUUUCAUUUCUUCUCCAGCAUCCACCAGCAACGAAUCGCAUUCGUCAACCAUUCAGGAUACACAUGUGAAUCAACAUCAUCAGACAUGCAUGAAUGAACAUUCAUCAUUGGUUGGUGAACAGAUCAUGCCAGCAAUGGAACAGGUACCUAUGAAUUCCAUUCCUGCAUGCAAGCAUUCAAAGAAUUCGAGCAAUGAAAUUCCGCCCUUGUUAUGGUAUAUGAGAACGGAGUGUGAUCAAAAUCUUUACAUCGUCCAUACCUAUCCACCGUGGUUAUUACAACCCUUUCCGUACCAUUCGAGUGCUUCUUGUCAUUGUGAUGCCAAUAUGGAACAGUCUCCAUUGUCGUUUGGACUUGUGAAACUCUCCUAUUAUCCUCCAUCUCAUGUUAAUGUCAAUGAUGUCAAUGCCACAGCUGUUGUCAAUAAUCAUUCAAUGAUUGAUGGAUUACAUUCCUCAAAUCAAACGCAAACCAUGGUCCCACCAGAGCUUUCUCCAUUUUAUUCACCAAUUCCAUUGAUGACGAACACCUGUAUUCCAUCAGAAACGGAUCGACCAAACAGAAAGGUACACACCUUGGUAGUUUCAAAACAAAAACGACAUGGAAAGAGAACUGCCGCACACAACACAGGACCAGUCGUUGAAUCAAACAUUAGUCAUUAUGACGUCUCGAAAUUAGAUGACCAAUCUGGCUUUGCACUCACUGGAAGAAAACGAAAACAAAAUCAUGGCAGAAUGCAUUUAAUUCUCCCAUCCAUGCAAAACUGUUGUCAAAAUCGAAAAGUUAUAUUCGAUUACAGCUCUGGAAGAAAAGAACAUGAAUAUCAAUAUUGCUUCGUCUUUAAACAUUUACAAUUAGCGAACAAUUUGGCGAUGAAUCAGCGACAUUUAGAAUCUGACAAGAAGAUUCGAAUGAUUCUUGAAUGCACCACUAAAUGCAGAGACGAUUCCCAAUACGCCUCUUGGUUUGAGGUUACAGUAAUUCCAAUUCCAGGGAUGACCAGUGGGUUAGACGUCACGAACGGCAUAUUUUCAUGUUGUUUCAAAAUUGUAAAAAAAAGACAAGAAGGGACAUUGCCUAAUACCGAGUCAUUUACUUUGACCAUGAUGUACGAAAACGAACAGGUAUUCACUUCAGAUCUCUUCCAAUUAUGUUCAACUGACAAAACAAAGACCAGUCAAUGUGAAGGUUGUCCAAAUUGUUUCCGCAACAAGCUUGCUAUUCAGCAGCAGUAG